CACUUCCAACGCACCUGUUAGAAUGUUAGGCCGAGUAACCGCGGCUUGCCGUCGAUGGCCUCGUCGCAGUGUGGCUGCCAUGUCUAGUACCUCCAUGGAGCAACUUCCCUUUGUAGAAAUGUCGGCACUGAUGGACCCAUCGUCGUCCAAGGCGUCGCGACAGCCUGCUUUGGAUGCCAUGCGUACCGCCUGCCGCGAUUUUGGCUUCUUCACCAUUCCUGCUUCGGUGCUGCCGCCAGGCCUGCUGAACAAGGUGUACGCACGUGCCGACGAUUUCAACGCCCUGCCACUUUCCACCAAGCAAAAGUACCACGUCCGCAACGUUUCGAAUGCCAGGGGAUGGACCCCUCUCCACGAAGAACCGUCGUACGAGCCUGGCGUGGUGUCGCAUGUGGAAGGGUUUGAUUUGGCCCGUGACCUCCCGGCGUCAUACUUGCACGAUGACCAAGGACUGGGGCCAAAUGUGUGGCCAGCGGAAGUUCCUCAGUUCCGCGACCAUGUGAUGGCUCUGUACGACGCCACCACCGACGUGUCCAAUGCGCUCUUCGAAGGGUUUGCAGAAAUGCUCGACUUGCCUCGCCAUACCUUUCGUGUAUACAACACUGCCGAAGCGCAAGCGUUCAUGCGAUUGCUGACGUAUCCCCCGCAACAGUCACAUAAGUCCGAAGGUGUCGUCGAUCAUGGGACAAAGCAUGUGGGCAUUGCCGCCCACACAGAUUUCGAGUGCUUUACCAUCAUUCACCAGAACAAUGUGGGACUGCAACUACAAGGGCGAGAUGGCCACUGGAUCGACACCCCCGUCGCCUCAGAUCGGUUGUUUGUGUUGGUCGGCGACGUGCUGGAAAUGUGGACCAACGGCGAGCUAGUAGCUACACCGCAUCGAGUGUUGAGUGCCCAUACAAAACGCCAGUCCAUUGUCCGAUUCAACGGCACCGAAGGCAAUGCGUGGAUUGAGCCGCUGGCCCCGUUUGUGACCCCGGACGCCCCCGCAAAAUUCCAGCGCGUGACCCAGCGCCAGCAUAUUCAAAGCGAAAUGCACGCGGCCGAAGCGCGCUUGAAGGACACGCAAGACAAGGCCGCGGCCACAAUUGGACGAAACAGUAUCGCAUAAUACUUCAGCCAGAGACACAAUACAGGGAUAAUCUAUCUAUAUGCGGAGUGGA